GUACUGUUCCUGCAGACGGUGUAGUUGAGCAGGAGUUUGCGGUGUUGUGCUUUGUCCUAUUGCCGUGAUGUAGCCUUUGGUUGCAGGUACGACAACCACCCAACCCCGUCCUGUUUAAUUAACCGUUUUGUCUACUGAGGUCACCAAAGUUCCUGUGGACUUGUCGCUGUGUGCGGAAAUCAGUGGCGAUCUCUGGAAAGCAUUCUUCAGAGUCUCUGAACUCUGGGCAUUCCAAGGGUUUGCUGUGGGAAAAAAAUACUCCGAAGCGCCAUGAGAUCAACAUUUUCUACCAUUUUACUCCUAGUUUUCAUCUGUUCCUCUGUACCCGGGGUGACUGCAGUGAACACUAGUUGCCAGAUCCAAUCUGUCCGGCCAGCGGAAGUGGGGUCACUGACAUGUCACUUCAGCGAGAACAUCAACGUCACUAGGAAGGACGUCACCGUGAAGCAUUAUGUGAACGACACUUACGAUGAAAUAAUCGUGGAAUGCUUCUGGGUGGAUGAAGAAUAUGACUGCUUUAUCAAAAAACAAAAAGGCUACGUGUACAACAAAGUGUUGGGUAGCGACCUGACAGUCCUCAUUCCCAAUGCUACGAAAAAGCACGAAGGGCGAUACCAAUGUCUCGUCAAUGGCGGAGCACCUAACGAAGCAAAAGACUGUGGCUUUGACUUGCUGAAAGAACACACAACGUGCGAGAUCAAACCUGUCCACCUGACAGAAGCCACGUCACUGACAUGUCACUUCAGCGAGAAUCUCAACAUCACCAUGAAGGAUGUCACUGUGAAGCAUUAUGUCCACGAUAAUGUUGGAGAUGUCGUUGUGGAAUGCUUCUGGGUGUCUGGCAGUCUUCAAUGCUACAAUAAAAGUGGUUACAUGUUCAACAAAGUGAUAACCAGCCAUCUGACAAUCGUCAUCCCGAAUUCUACAGAACAGCACGAGGGUCGGUACCAGUGCCUCGUCAAUGGAGAUAACGACCUCGGGUCAAGAGCAUGCUCUUUUAACCUGCUGCCAGGUUACAGACAACAGCAACAAGAAAAGAAAAAAAUAGUAGUUCCAGUGAGCGUGAGCGUUGCAGUGCUAAUACUGAUUGCUGCUGUCCUGGCAAUAAUACUGAGAGAACGAUUAAAAUCCCUUCUCUGCCAGCAUCGGAUAGAGGAUGUUGCUCAAGACCCAGAGGAAUCUAUUGCCAUGACAGACGGUGUACAUGUUCAUUCCUGACAAACAGGACCAUAGGUCCAAAGGUUCAGAUCUCGUUUUGCUCAUGUGAGGAUAAGGUGUGACCGAUCUAGCCCCACUUGCGCCUCUUGAUAUUUCGUGUUUUAUACCAUUAACUAUAUAUUUACAUGGCACAAUGUUCAAGAUUCAUUUCUUGUUCUCUGUUGAAAGUUGAACAAGCAAAUAAAAGAA